AAUAUUAUGAUGUUGAAUACAAAUUUGUUUAGUUGUCGAAAAUUUACAAUAUUCUAUUGUAUCCACCUAACUUAUAAUAUUUAAAUUUAAAUCUAGAUUUUACAUAAGAUCUUUAUACAAAAACAAUAUUUGUAAUAUAUUUCGAAAAAUUUUGAAAUGAAUUUUUCAAUGAUUUUAAAAAUUAAGAGUCCUAAUAUUCUAGUCUAUAUUAGUGCAAUUAUUUUAAUGAUAUUUAGUUUAGGUAUAUACAAACAACUAACUCAAGAAACAACUAACAACUGCGAAAUGACUUUUAUGUUUGAAUAUCCCCAUUUUAUUGAUAUUCCAGUGAUUAUGAAUAGAAGUAAGUACAAUUUGUAUGCUUAUACUGAAGGCCAAACGAUGGAAAAAAUUAAAUCAAUGAAAUUUUAUGGUACUCCAGUUAUUUUUAUACCAGGUCAUAGUGGCUCAUAUAAACAAGUUCGUUCAAUUGCAUCAGUGAAUAUAAGAAAAAUGUAUCAUAUACAAUCUAAUAUUAAGUUUGAUUUUUUCACUGUUGACUUAAAUGAAGAAUAUUCAGCUGUAUUUGGUGGCGUUCUAACACAACAAACAGACUUUGUUUCUAAAUGCAUUGAUAAGAUUAUACAAAUCUAUGAAAAUGAAUAUAAACCCACUUCAAUAGUUCUUAUUGGUCAUUCUAUGGGUGGAAUAAUAGCUAAAGGAUUAUUUAUUCAACCAACAUUUGACACAAGCCUAGUUGAAUUAAUAAUUACAUUAGCUACACCUCAUAGACCUCUUUUUUUGGCUGAUCAUUUCAUGGAAACAUAUUACAAUGAGGUAGAAAGUAUUUGGGGUAAUGGUGUAGAUAAGCCAAGGGUUUCAUUUCUUUCAAAUAUUUCACUUUUAUCAAUUGGAGGUGGCUAUAGAGAUAUAAUGGUUUGGCCAUGUUUAACCUAUACACCUCAUGCUGAUAUAAAUACAUUGAGCUUAGCUAUUCCUGGUGUUUGGACAUCUACAGAUCACCAAUGUAUUUUAUGGUGCAAAUCAUUAGUAAAAGUAUUAGUAAGAAUUUUAUUUGAUUCAGCUGAUUCAGAAUCCACUGAUAAAAUUUAUGAGUGGAGGAAUAAAGUUUCUAUCUAUCAUCUAGAUAAAAGAAGUAAUGGAAAAUGGUUUCAUGAUAAACUACAUCCUGAAAAAGUGAAAUUAAAUGAACCAAAUGUAAUGGAAUGGAAUGAAACAUACAGAGCUCAACGAUCUAUUAUAUUAUUAUCAGGAACACCAAAAUCAAUUUUUGUUUAUGUGCCAUUAAUGAAUAGAAACUUUGGAUAUGAAAUUACAGCUGAAGCCAUAAAUAUUGAUAGCCAUGAUUGGGUCUUCUCUUGCAAAUCACAACCUGAAACAAACAAAUUUUGUGCAACUGGAAAAAAUUGGUCUUCAAAUAGUACUAUAUCAGUUUCAAAGCGUUUAAAAAGAAGACACAUAACAAUCAAGUUGGAAGAUAUUUAUAAAAUUGGUCAUUCAAAUGUUGUAUUUAAAAUUAAAAAUACUAAAGAGCCAACAGGUUUAAAUACUGAUUUGUACAAAGUAAGAGAUAGAACAAAAAUAGUAUAUUGGCAAUUUUGGUUUGGGAUGUUAUGGGAAAAGGUAUUGUGGAAUAUAGAUGUCUUUGGAACUUUACAAUAUAAAUCAAUUUUGCGCGGUUGGUCAGAUAGUAUUUGUUCUGAUUGUGUGUAUAAUGUUUAUUUAAUACCAUAUAAUUGUUCAAAAAAAAAACACCAUGCUGUUACAAAAUUUAUUGUACCAUGGACCCAAGGUAUACUACAUGGUAUUUCAAGUGAUAAAUCAAAUCAACCUCUUAGAAUAUCCUUAGAAAAUAUUCCCGUGUCAAAGAAAAUUGAAGAACCAUAUUUACAGUUUAUUUUAGAUCCAACAUGUAAUUAUCAAAUUAAGUUAGAGUUAUCAUUCUUGGAUACAAUUGGAACAAUAGGAUUAAAGUAUGGCUUAACAUUCCCUUCAUAUAUAGGAACUAUAAUUUUAUUAGUGUUGUCAUGCCAGUUUGCACAAUUAUCCGAAACUAAUCAUAGUGAUUGUUCAAUCUUUCAUUAUUCAACACCAUCUGUUUUCAAAAUUUUUAAAAUUUUAAUAACUUCGACUUUCUUAAUGACUUGUUUACAUUACCAAUGGCCAAGUAUUAAUCAACCUAUUGGUGGUGUUGACUGGCUUGGAAAUCCUUUGAAAACUCUGCUAUUUUCUUCAUUAUUGUAUUGUGUUACCAACGCAUUUAUGUUUAUUGUGACUGUAGGACUAUGGCUUACUAUGUUGGUUUGGGGAAAAACUAUAAAUAACAUUGCAGUCGGAAUUUUGGUGAAAACAUUUAAAAAAUCAGUAACAGUGUCCGAUUGGCUACUUUAUGGAUUAGGAAAAUUACCAGUAAUCGUUUCAAUUAUAGCUAUUAUAAUAUCUUAUAAUACUUGUGGAACUGUUGGACUAAUUAUUUCAGCAUUUUUCUACUUUUUUCUGAUAUGCUCAAUGGUUGAAGAUUAUGUAGAACAGAUAAUUUAUUAUCCUGUGAUAUUUAUUAAAGACUAUUUCAUAAAAGGGGUUAAACCAGAAUUAAAUAUAAAAUUAACUCCUAUUCAUUUUAAUUUUUCAAUGUUUUUGUUAUGGACUUUAAUUUGUGGUUGCCAUCUUCCAUGCAGUAUAGAAUGGGCUAGAAAUUAUAAAAAUAGUCCAAGUUUAACCCCUGAUCCAUCAUGGUAUUCUUCAGUUAUAUUAAAUAUAUGUGCUGGUAUUAUUUGGCAAACAGAUAUUCCGAAACAAAAUUUAAAAUACUAUUCUGAAUUAAGUGAUUGUUGUUUAAUCACUUCAAUUACUCUUUUAGUAUUUUGUCAAACGGCAUUAUUUCGAAUCGCUCCAAUUUUAACUUUAGUAUUUUUGAUUAUUACAUUACAUCAAUUUAUUGGCUUAUGGAUUAGUAAAGCAAAUAUAGAAGAUAACGCCAAAAAAAUUAAUGAUCAUGACCAUUUAGCACAAGAUUAAGUUAUAUUUUUAUAAAAUAAAAUUAUUUUAUUAAUAGUCUUUAGUGAUAAUGUAUUUGAUAUCAAAUACUUAAAUAAUUAAUUAAACUAUUAACAAUAACACAUUAUUCAAUGAAAUUUAAAAAAAGGAUAAUUAAGUCACUUUUAUUUUACAGCUAUGUUUAAUUAUAAGACUGAUUUUUUGUGUGACUGAAUGUGUAAAAUUUUAAAUUAUUUCUGUAGUUUUAAAAUAUUAUUUGUAGCCAUUUUACCAUUAAUCUCUUACUAUUGUCAUUUUAAAAAUGUACUAUUUUGGUAAUCUUU